AUGCAAGCCGAGACCAAGCUCCAACCGGCUCCUCCCUCUACACUGGCUCCUCCCGCUAUACUGGCUCCUCCCUCUACACUGGCUCUUCCCUCUACACUGGCUCCUCCCUUUACACUGACUCCUCCCUCUACACUGGCUCAUCCUGCUAUACUGGCUCCUCCCUCUACACUGACUCCUCCCUCUACACUGACUCCUCCCUCUACACUGACUCCUCCCUCUGCACUGACUCCUCCCGCUUCACUGGCUCCUCCCCACUACACUGACUCCUCCCUCGACACUGGCUCCUCCUUCUACACUGGCUCCUCCUUCUACACUGGCUCCUUCCUCUACACUGACUCCUCCCUUUACACUGGCUCCUCCAUCUACACUGACUCCUCCCUCUACACUGGCUCCUCCCUCUACACUUACUCCUCCCUCUACACUGGCUCCUCCCUCUAUACUGACUCCUCCCUCUACACUGGCUCCUCCCUCUACACUGACUACUCCCUCGACACUGGCUCCUCCCGCUACACUGACUCCUCCCUCUACACUGGCUCAUCCCGCUAUACUGGCUCCUCCCUCUACACUGACUCCUCCCUCUACACUGGCUCCUCCCUCUACACUGACUCCUCCCUCUGCACUGACUCCUCCCGCUUCACUGGCUCCUCCCCACUACACUGA